AUGCUGCCCGGGGUCGGUGUAUUUGGCACCAGCUUGACCGCAAGGGUGAUUAUCCCUCUUUUAAAAAAUGAGGGUUUCGCUGUCAAAGCUUUAUGGGGACGGACUCAAGAGGAAGCCGAGGAGCUCGCUAAGGAGAUGAAUGUGCCAUUUUACACCAGUCGUAUCGACGACGUACUUCUACAUCAGGAUGUGGAUUUGGUUUGCAUUAACCUACCACCACCGCUGACAAGACAGAUUGCUGUCAAAACGCUUGGUAUUGGCAAGAAUGUUAUCUGUGACCGCACAGCCACACCACUAGACGCUUUCCGUAUGAUGUCAGCUGCCCAGUACUACCCCAAACUGCUGAGCAUAAUGGGUAAUGUCCUGCGCUUUCUGCCAGCAUUUGUACGCAUGAAGGAGCUGCUGGAGGAGGGAUAUGUGGGAGAGUUGCUUGUCUGUGAGGCACAGGUUCACGGUGGCAGCCUCCUAGGUAAGAAAUACAACUGGAGCUGUGAUGACCUCAUGGGUGGCGGAGGGCUCCACUCUGUGGGCAGCUACAUCAUCGACCUGCUGACCUUCCUGACUGGCCGACGGGCCGCCAAGGUGCAUGGCUUCCUAAAGACCUUCGUCAAGCAGACGGACCACAUCCGUGGGAUCCGGCAGAUCACCAGUGAUGAUUUCUGUACCUUUCAGAUGGUUCUGGAGGGAGGAGCCUGCUGUACUGUUACGCUAAACUUCAACGUCCCCGGCGAGUUCCGCCAGGAGGUGGUGGUGGUGGGCACAGCUGGUCGGCUAACGGUGAGCGGCACGGACCUGUAUGGGCAAAAGAACAGCGGAGAGGGCGGACAGGAACUCCUGCUCAAGGACAGUACGCCUCUGGGCAAUGCCUCGCUGCCUGACAAGGCUUUUAGCGACAUCCCUUCGCCCUACCUCACAGGCACCAUCUGCAUGGUGCAAGCAGUGCGACAGGCUUUCCAGAAUCAGGAUGACCGCCGCACUUGGGACGGACGGCCGCUUACCAUGGCGGCGACCUUCGAGGACUGCCUGUAUGCACUUUGCGUGGUGGACACAAUCAAGAAGUCCAACCAGUGUGGCGAAUGGCAGAACAUUGUGGUGAUGACGGAGGAGCCAGAUGUCAGUCCGGCCUACCUGAUAAGCGAGGCCAUGCGUCGAAGCAGGAUGUCGCUUUAUUGCUAGAGCUGCUUACAGAAUGGCUGCUAAUGAAGUUGUCCUCUGAGGGGUCUCACAAGGUUAA